UCCAUUACAUUCACUGGAGCUGGUACUAGCAGUACAGAAACCUGAUUCUUACUUAUGUAUAAAACCAAACACCUUUGCUGAUAAAUUACUGCCUUUUGAUGGUAUUUAUAAAGGGCAGACAGUGUCGAUUCAUGUACAGGAGAAGAAGAAGUGGAGGAAGUGUCCCUGUAGAGUUAGGGAUAACAUGUUCCUCAUUUAUAAAGAUGCAAAAGCUCAUAAUGAAUUGGCAAGACUGGCUCUAUCAGAUUUAGAUGUGUUCGUUGGAAUUGAACAAAAGAGAAUUGACGUUCGGAACCCUCUGCCAACUCGAUACCCGUUCUGUCUGCUGGUUCGGUUUGAGGAACAGAACAAGUUCCUCUGUGCUGACUCAGCAGACGAUAGACUACUCCUCCUGGCUGCUAUCAUAUUUGCUAAAUUUCCAGAUGGUAUUCAAACUCCACUGAUGCCGGUAAAAACCACACCUACUCAUUUCGACAGUAGAAACAGAGGAAUUAGUAUAUUGAAUCCAACGCAGUCUUCUCCUCACACGUCGCCCACUCACGGAAUGAAUUUAUCAGUCAGUUAUAAUCCACAGCCUGUUAUUCCAAGAGGUGUGGUCUCCCCAAGUAAGGUUGGUACUCUAGACCACAGUGUCAUUUCGGAACUUAAAAAGAGAAACAGUUUAAGUCCAGAUCAUCUUCUUAGUUAGCAUUAAUAAUUAUUAUAUUUAUUGAAAUAAUUACUGAUUUUUAAUUUAUUAUUGUUGUUAUUAUUUUAUUGUGUUUUGAUUUUAAUUUGUUUGUUUGUUUGUUGAGGAUAAUGUUCUAUUUUAUUCUAAUCACUUAUUAUGA